GGCCAGCCUUGCCCUCACAGCCCCUCUGAGCAACCCGUCAGGAGGCAGCAGACAGAUCAAUGGUCAAGCCGGGGGCGAUUUGCUCUGCCACAGGCUACUGGAAAGCAGCUUUUUGCCUCACAGACAUCCACAAAAUGCCUUAUUUUACAAGACUCAUUUUGUUCUUGUUUUGCCUGAUGGUUCUUGUGGAGAGCAGAAAGCCCAAGAAGAAGCGAUGGACAGGGCAGGUGGAAAUGCCCAAGCCAAGUCACUUAUAUAAGAAGAACCUUGAUGUGACCAAGAUCCGGAAGGGAAAGCCUCAGCAACUUCUCAGAGUGGACGAGCACGACUUCAGCAUGAGGCCCGCCUUCGGAGGCCCUGCCAUCCCAGUGGGCGUGGACGUGCAGGUGGAGAGCCUGGACAGCAUCUCCGAGGUGGACAUGGACUUCACGAUGACCCUGUACCUGCGGCAUUACUGGAAGGAUGAGAGGCUAGCUUUCUCCAGCGCCAACAACAAGAGCAUGACCUUCGAUGGCCGGCUGGUGAAGAAGAUCUGGGUCCCUGAUGUCUUCUUUGUUCACUCCAAAAGGUCGUUCACUCAUGACACCACCACUGACAAUAUCAUGCUGAGGGUGUUCCCGGAUGGACACGUGCUGUACAGCAUGAGGAUUACGGUCACUGCCAUGUGCAACAUGGACUUCAGCCACUUUCCCCUGGACUCCCAGACCUGUUCUUUGGAGUUGGAGAGCUAUGCCUAUACAGAUGAAGAUCUGAUGCUGUACUGGAAGAAUGGGGAUGAAUCCCUAAAAACAGACGAGAAGAUCUCCUUGUCUCAGUUUCUGAUUCAGAAAUUUCACACGACUUCCAGACUGGCCUUCUACAGUAGCACUGGCUGGUACAACCGUCUGUACAUCAAUUUCACGUUGCGUCGCCACAUCUUCUUCUUCUUGCUCCAAACAUAUUUCCCCGCCACUCUGAUGGUCAUGCUGUCCUGGGUGUCCUUCUGGAUCGACCGCAGAGCUGUGCCUGCCAGAGUUUCACUGGGUAUCACGACGGUGCUGACCAUGACCACCAUCAUCACGGGCGUGAACGCCUCCAUGCCGCGUGUUUCCUACGUCAAGGCCGUGGACAUCUACCUCUGGGUCAGCUUUGUGUUCGUGUUCCUCUCGGUGCUGGAGUACGCGGCCGUCAACUACCUGACCACCGUGCAGGAGCGCAAGGAACGGAAGCUGCGGGAGAAGUUCCCGGGCAUGUGUGGAAUGCUUCAUUCGAAAACCAUGAUGCUGGAUGGAAGCUACAGUGAGUCUGAGGCCAACAGCCUGGCUGGGUAUCCCAGAAGCCAUAUCCUAACGGAAGAAGAAAGGCAAGACAAAAUAGUGGUCCACCUGGGCCUGAGUGGUGACGCCAACGCUGCCAGAAAGAAGGGGCUUCUGAAGGGCCAGAUGGGUUUUCGUAUCUUCCAGAACACCCAUGCCAUUGACAAAUACUCUAGGUUGAUAUUCCCUGCCUCCUACAUUUUUUUCAACUUAAUUUAUUGGUCAGUGUUUUCCUAGGGGUUCCAAGGCUGUUCCUAGAAGAGGGCAUAGACAUCAAGGGGGCCUGGCCAGUCAUUGACAGGUGGACUUGUUGACCACAUGCCCCUCACCAGACAGAGCGGCAGCUACUGGACCACCCUGAGCAGCACUCAUCUCUCAGAGGAGCCCAGGAGCCCUCCAGCUACCCUGACCCCAGACUUCAUGGGGCUACUCCUUGUUCGUGCUAUGUCUCAUGUCACACUUCACGUCUCUCUGGGACCUUCUGUUCUUGUGUGUGAACUAGUUAACAAGAACUCCCCUCCUAUAAAUAAGGACUCAAAUGCCUCCUAGACAUUCUUAGACCCUCAGGAUGUCUAGGAUUCAGCUGUGGAGGGAAAAGGAAGAACUGAAGUGCAAGGUUAGGGGCAUUCUGGAUAGGAGAUAGGAAAUUAGGAACAAAAAAUCCCCAUAAACCUAUACAACUGGAUUAAGUGCCUACCUAGAAGGGAAAAGAGCUCAGAUCCCAGACAGGAAAUGAUUUGCCUGUGGGAGUAUGGCAACCCACAGGAUUUUGCAAUAUUAGAGGAG